UAAGACUUUGCGGGUUCGCUUUGCUCUCAUUUCAAAUUACGCUUUGCUAAACACAAUUAGUUCUCAAAUUGUGCUAACACGUGAUAUGUUUUGUGAUUUUUAUUAACAGUGAAGUUUGACAAUAAUACACUAUGAAGUCGAUAAUAUUGAUAGCUGUUGUUUGCAUUUCAAAUGCACUUGCUUAUCACGAUCCUGACUUAAACUACCAUUUAAGCCAACUGCAGAACGUUGAGGGUUGUAACGACAACGGCUAUUCAUACCCGACCCCGGCAGUGCAAUUGUCAUUAACAGACGUAAAAGCGACAACAGCUCCAAGACUAAUUGAAUCAGCUUCAUUGUCUUCAUCAAAUGCAUACAAAAGUGCUAACGAAUACUCACAAUCGGUUCUAUUUCAAGCUGCUGCACCAAAAGUAACCUACCAAGCGCAACCAACAGUCUCAUACCAAGCACAACCAACAUUUUCGUAUCAAGCACCAAUAGCUAUACAAGAUGCCACCGCCCUUAACGCAGAAUAUACGGCUCAAAGAGAAGAACACGGAUAUGCUACCUCAGCAGGAUUAUCUUCUUCCGCAGUGGGAACAAUAAUUCCUCAAGCUACAUACAAUCAAGCACCGAUCAUUGCCAAAAUUACCGCUGCACCUUUGCAAACUAAAUUUACUUUAGCUCCCGCCAAGACUACAUACGUGUCUCAAAAUUCAGUCUCACAACAAUCAUCAUAUUCGACUGGAUCUUUAGCAAAACAAUCACUAAACUCUUUCACCCACUCUGUUGGGCCAGUUGUAUCCCAGGUUUAUGCUGCUCCUAGAGCCAGUUACGCAACAUCAGACGCUUUGAAGACCCAAUCUCAAUCUCAAUAUGUAGCUCCAGCCUAUGCAAUCAAUCAGUAUAACCAAAUCCCAGCUAACACUUAUUCUGUGGCCGCGCAAGCCUAUAGAGCACCAGCUGUUUCUCAAUACUCCACAUAUUCUGUUUCACAUAAUGCUGCCCCAGCUCAGUAUGCAGCACCGGCCUUGACCAAAUACGCUGCUUCUAAUGUAGCUCAAUACUCUGCACCAGCUAUUCAAUAUUCAACCUCAGCAGCAUCACAAUAUUCAGUACCUUUAACAACUCAUUAUUCAGCACCUACCGUCACUCAAUACUCCGCACCGGUAGUUGCUCAGUACUCUGCCCCAGCAGUAACACAGCAAGCCACACAUAUAUCCCAAUACUCUGCACCAGCAGUCGCACAACAAUCAAUAGCGCAUGUAGCAGCACCAGCAAUAUCUGUGUCUUCAGCAGCACAAUACGCAGCAGGACAACAUGCUGUUAAAAAUGUCCAUAGAGAAUUCGUGGAAAAUUAUGAUGCGCACCCUCGUUACGCGUUCGAAUAUGGAGUAAACGAUCCUCACACUGGCGAUAUCAAGCAACAGAAAGAGCAACGCGAUGGCGAUGUUGUAAAAGGUCAGUACUCCUUGGUGGAACCGGACGGCUCGGUGCGUACGGUGGACUACAUCGCCGAUUGGGAGACCGGUUUUCAUGCAAACGUUCACAAUAGCAAAGACAACAAACAUUAGACAUUCAUUAAGAAAUACUUAAGUUACCGAUACCUUUUACUAUAUUGAAGUUAACCUGACACCAGUCAUUUAAUUUUUUCCGACCUUGCCCUGUAAUUCUU